ACCAUGAUGAACUAAGAAAAGCAAACAGAGUGGUUCAAUGACAGUCCAGGUACAAGGUUCAGAGUAUUCCGGAUCAAUACAUAGUCAAAAGGCAGGCAGAGUUCAGAGAGCAGUCGAUAUCCGAUCCAAGGUUGUCAGCGAGGGAAUCCAAUCUAGCAGAGCAGGGCAGACAAACAGGAAACUUGCAGCACGUCUUAUAAAUGCAAUAUCAUAAGCAUGAGACUGCAGGCUUGCCUGGCUUAAAUGAGGUUUGGUCUCCACCCAAAGAUUGACCACAUCAAUCACCUU